ACUUUCGAGUGCAAGCAAGCUCUCAGUGCGCAGCUGCCCACUCAACAUGGUUUGAUACCUGGAAAGGGGAUACAUCAGCAUCCGGCAAACACUAAAGUAGAGGACCAGGAAUACUUUUCUUAUCGCCUACCAGUGCUCAGCGUGUGUUUUGUUUUCAUACCCGGUGGGUGCCCAUAGUUUUCCUGGAGGCUGCCAGGUGAGAUCAUCAUAUUGCUGCCCGAAUCAAAGAAACACCAACACAAAGCUCAUCCGCAGAGUUUACAAUUUACCUGGUUCUGUGAGGAGUUUAAGAGUCCGAACGCAUGAAUAGAUGCAGAGCAUGGUCCAUUGUCAUCCUACAGAGAAGUGACAGUGUCCUUGCCAGGCUCGCUGGGAGAGGACCAUGGCCCUGAGCGAUGCAAGCGGCGACCCUCUGGCCCUUAGCAACGGAGGGCACCAUCCUUUCAGCGGCAACGGAAAUGCCCCUUCAAACACCAGCACACCAGUCAGCAACGGCCAGGACCCUCUCACAGCUGCCUCUAGUGGAGACUGCCCUGCAGCAGAUGGAGACGAAGAUGUUAUAGUGAAGGACGCAGCGUCUAAAGUUCAGCAGAAGCAGCAGAGCUCACAUGUUGUCCAGAGAACAAACAGGCCGAGCCAAAAUGGUGGUGUGGUCAAACAGAACGGCGCCCUGAGGAACCUUCCCCCAUCCUCUGCCGCCUCUCCCUCCCCAGCCAUCAUAGACUCCCAGAGGCUGGCCGAACGCCAUCUUCCCUCCACUCUCUCCCCAUCCUCUUCCUCCCCUCCUCUCCAGCCCCCGCCGCUCUGCUGCCAGUACUGUCACUUCCACUCCACCCUGUGCUGCCCCUGUGGACAGCAGGAGUGCCCGCUCUUCCAGAAUCCAGGCACAGGCCCAGGGCCCGGUUCCGUACCCCACCCUGGAACCACUUCAUCCUGCCCGUGCUGCCUCUCUGCCUGCUCAUACUCUCACCCCCAUCCUCCUCAUCCAUCCUCCCCUCUCUGUCUCCAUCACCACCAUCACCAGCGCUGGCAGGAGCACCUCCAGAACCAGACACCUGGAAUCAGCCCUGCAAGGCCCUUUCGAUUCCCCAAAAGCUAUGCCGAGCUGAUAGCUGAUUGGCCAGUGGUGGUGCUGGGGGUGUGCACAGUGCUCAUCGUGGUGUGUGCCCUAGUGGGCAUCCUGGUGCCUGACCUGCCUGAUUUCUCUGACCCACUGCUGGGUUUUGAGCCACGGGGAACAGCCAUUGGCCAGCGACUGGUCACAUGGAACAACAUGGUGAAGAACACAGGCUACAAAGCCACACUAGCCAACUACCCCUUCAAAUACGCUGAUGAGCAAGCCAAAAAUCACCAAGAGCCCAGGUGGCCCGAGGACCACUUUGACAGAGACAAACGGCAAGCAGAGUGGGACUUCAGUAAAGAGUUCUUCUGUGAUGUUCCAGGUGACAGUUACUCUAGACUGGUGUUCACAUCAGCUGAGGGGAAGAACCUGUGGAGUAUUCAGGCCAUCAAAUCCAUGUGCAAUCUGGACAACACAAGGGUGCGUUCCCAUCGUGACUACUGGAGUCUUUGUCAGCGCACCAAUGACGCCUCCUGUUGCCCCAGUUGGACACUUGGUAACUACAUUGCCGUCCUCACCAACAGGUCGUCCUGCCAGAAGAUCACAGAGCGUGAUGUAUCGCAUACGCUCAAGAUCCUGCGCUCGUGUGCCAAGUACUACCACAAUGGCACACUGGGACCCGACUGCUGGGACAUGGCCCUGCGACGGAAAGACCAGCUGAAGUGCGCCAGUGUUCCCCGGAAGUGCACCAAGUACAACGCCGUCUACCAAAUCCUUCACUUCCUGGUGGACAAAGACUUCCUUAGUCCCAAGAGCCUGGAGAAUCCUCCACCUGUGCUCAAAUACAGCAUGCUCUUCUCCCCCACAGAGAAAGGAGAGUCUAUGAUGAACAUUUACUUAGACAAUUUUGAGAACUGGAACUCUUCAGACGGCGUCACCACAAUCACAGGGAUCGAGUUUGGCAUCAAACACGACCUCUUUCAGGACUACCUCCUCACAGAUACAGUGUAUCCUGCCAUAGCCAUAGUGAUCGUCCUUCUGGUCAUGUGUGUGUACACACGCUCGGUUUUCAUCACUCUAAUGACAAUAAUAGCCAUCAUCAGUUCACUGAUUGUGUCUUACUUUCUUUACCGAAUGGUCUUCAACUUUGAGUUCUUCCCCUUCAUGAACCUCACGGCCCUCAUCAUCCUGGUAGGCAUUGGGGCAGAUGACGCCUUUGUGCUUUGCGAUGUGUGGAACUACACCAAGUUUGAUAAGCCACAUGCUGAGCUGGCAGAGACAGUCAGUGUGACCCUACAACAUGCCGCCCUGUCUAUGUUUGUCACCAGCUUCACCACUGCUGCAGCUUUUUAUGCCAAUUACGUCAGUAACAUCACCGCCAUACGCUGUUUUGGUGUCUACGCGGGUACUGCCAUAUUGGUGAACUAUAUUCUCAUGGUGACAUGGCUUCCAGCCGUGGUGGUGCUACAUGAACGCUACCUGCCUAAUGUGUUCCCCUGCUCCAAGCCUCCACACCAAGAAAGAGGUUACUGCACCCAGAUGUUCUGGGCAGGUCUUUGUCAGAAGGCCAACAAAUGCCUGUUUACUGUCUCUGAGGCGUCUAGGAUAUUUUUUGAGAAGGUGCUGCCCUGCAUCGUCAUCAAACUGCGCUACCUCUGGCUCUUCUGGUUCCUCGCCAUCACGGUGGGCGGGGCCUAUGUGGUUUGUGUCAACCCAAAGAUGAAGCUCCCGUCUCUGGAGCUGGCAGAGUUUCAGGUUUUCCGAUCCUCGCACCCAUUUGAGCGCUACGAUGCAGAGUACAAGAAACUUUUCAUGUUUGAGAGGGUUCAUCAUGGCGAGGACCUCCACAUGCCUAUCACCAUCAUCUGGGGUGUGACACCUCUGGAUAAUGGGGACCCUUUGAACCCCAAAAACAAGGGAAAGCUGAUGCUGGAUAACAGCUUCAACAUUGCCAGUCCAGCAUCUCAGCUGUGGAUCCUCAACUUCUGCCAAAAGCUGCGAAAUCAGAGCUUUGUCUUUCAGUCAGAGGAGCAGGACUUCACCAGCUGCUUCAUCGAGACAUUCAAACAGUGGAUGGAGAACCAGGACUGUGAGGAGGCUUCUGUCUACCCCUGCUGCAGUCAGUCCACAUUCCCCUACAAGCAAGAUGUCUUUGAGUUGUGCAUCAAGAGAGCCAUCAUGGAGCUGGAUCGGAGUACUAACUACCAUCUAGACAGCAAGACCCCUGGACCUCGAUUCGACAUCAAUGACACCAUCAGAGCCAUAGUGUUGGAGUUCCAGAGUACCUACCUCUUCACACUGGCCUAUGAGAAGAUGUACCAGUUCUACCGGGAGGUGGACACCUGGAUCACUGAGGAGUUGCGGUAUGCCCCAGCAGGCCUCAGCCACGGCUGGUUGAUCAGCAACCUGGAGUUCUAUGACCUCCAGGACAGUCUGUCAGAUGGCACUCUGGUUGCCAUGGCGCUGUCAGUGGCUGUGGCUUUCAGCGUCAUGCUCCUGACCACCUGGAAUGUCAUCAUCAGUCUGUACGCCAUCCUGUCGAUUGCCGGGACCAUAUUUGUCACAGUCGGCUCCCUGGUGCUUCUGGGCUGGGAGCUGAACGUCUUGGAGUCCGUUACCAUUUCUGUGGCGGUGGGUCUGUCUGUGGACUUUGCCGUCCACUACGGCGUGGCCUACCGGCUCGCCCCUGAGCCUGACCGUGAGGGAAAGGUGAUUUUCUCCCUCAGCCGCAUGGGCUCUGCUAUCGCAAUGGCGGCACUGACCACCUUUGUUGCUGGGGCCAUGAUGAUGCCCUCGACCGUAUUAGCCUACACCCAGCUGGGCACGUUCAUGAUGCUGAUCAUGUGCAUCAGCUGGGCCUUUGCUACCUUCUUCUUUCAGUGCAUGUGUCGCUGCCUUGGACCCCAGGGGACCUGUGGCCAGAUCCCCCUGCCCAAAAAGCUGCAGUGUCAGGUGUUCUCUGAGGUCACAUCUACAAGCCCUUCAACUCAAGGGAAAGGCUCUGGCCUGGGGAAGUACCAACUGGACAGCAGGGGUGGGGAGGUGGAGCAUUAUGAGUUAGAGCCGUUGGCAUCCACUCAGAAAACUGAAGAUAAACCCAGAGAGGAGCAGGAGGUGUGUGCUCCGCUUUAUAAUGGAAUCCCUGCUCACCACCACACCGCCCCAUAUUCACACAUCCAUUAUAAGAGUAAAACUGAGACUUGCAGAAGUGGCUCUGAGAAUGGGCUUGUAGCUGCGCUGAGCACACCAUCCAGGUGCCAGUACUCUCAGAGCACUAACUGCAUAUGUGGGGACCCUCCUCCUCCUCCUCCUCCUCCUCCUCCUCCUCCUCCUCACCUGCCUCAGCAGUGGACCCCCCACUCCUGUGCUCAGCCUCCCCAGGACUCUCCUUCCUGCCCUCCCACCCCUCAGCUCUUCCCCCUCUCAGGAAACACCCCGAGCAAACAAAAUGCGGCCCUGUUACCUACAAACCUGGACCCAGUCUACACACACAUGGAGUGCCGUAUGCACUAUGUCCACUGUCCCCCUGCCCAUUUCCACCACUGCUCCCAGGGAAGAGUAGUGGCCCCCAGGCAAGGACCUGCCCACAGCUGCCAUCUCAGGAAGUACUGUGUCCACACUGCAAGCCUGCAGGCUGGUUCAGCCAGAGAACAGAGAUCCACGACCACAGCUUUGAACCAGGACACAGGCCCAGCUCCUGGUUCAAUGACUGGCUCAGAGCCUGUAGGACACGAGGAUGAUCAUAGACAUGAAAUGAGGCCCUCAAGCCUUGACAGUUGCCAAAAUAUCAGUGCCCCAGCCCCGACACAACCUCAAACUCAAUGCCCCCCAACCUCACUGGGCUCACCACACACAACCAGUCAUGAAAGACAGAAAGCAAGGGACAGUGACCAUUGUUGUGGUGAUAACCAUGUGUCCACCACAACCACAGAUACAACAAUGCAGAUGGAUCCUUGUUGUAAAAUCCCUGGCAACCAGGAGAAGCUCGAAAGUAUUCCCGUCAGACGGGAGGAAAGUGUCAAAAAGUGCAAGCGGAACUCCAAAGGACAGCGGGGGUCCUCCGCCUCUCCAAAUAAGCUCUAUUGUUUUAACAGGACGUUAAAAGUGAAGUGCAAUUCAGCUUCAGAGUUUAACAUGCCAAAAACUGAAACCAGAGUGCCUCCUAUUGCAAUAAAGACUAAUCCCUCUUCUGAAAGCUUAUGUUGAUGAUCAAUUGAUAUUUUAAUAAAAGCUCAAUCCAGAACAAAUAGCAAAUGUCCAAAAAAGGAAUGACACAUACAAUGUCUCUGUGCAAUCAAACAAGGUUUGUGAUGUGUUUGUUGACCAAGUGCCUCAAUGUGUUUCAUAAAACAGCAUGGACCCACUAAAUAUAUUCUGUUUACAUGUUUCUUUUUGUACUUACCAGGUCUUUACGUGCCAGAUUAUAUGAUUUUACAGUGAAACACGCACCAUUGUUAAAGCUACAUCAUUAUGGGAAAUUAACUUUUCACAAAGGCACUUCCUUGACAUUUUGCUAACUUAAGUGUUAAAUAUACUCAUACAGCUGCCAUUUGCACCGACAUGAAAUCGCACAGUAUCUAUAUUGCUAUAUUGUGUGUAAUUAUCAAUAUAUGUUGUCAGAUAUGAUCACAUCAACCCUAACUAAAAUGUGCCACAUUUUACAAGCUGAUAAAAAGUUGUUGCCUGACACUUUUUGUAGUUGUGGGAGCUAGUGUUAAAUUCUGUGUGCUCUUGUGUUAAAGUCGCCACAUGCCUCAGAUAGAUGUACUGUAUGAUUAAAAUGUCUUUUUUUUUUAAUCAC